UUCCUGAGAAAUUGUUCGUGUAACUGAGUAUCUUUCCGUUUUGCAUGUACUGCCAUUUUUGUCUCUUUUUCUCUCUUUUGACACUAUGCUUUCUUUAUCCAAAAAUUCAAAACUGAUUUAUGCUACAGCGAUAGCUAUCCGACUGGUCGUAUUUAGUAUUCCCCCAGUAGCAAACACACUUGUUCAGCGCGUAGAACUAGCUACACCCGUGACAAGUUACAAACGAUUGACAGAAGGUAUAUAUCUAUACAACAAUAAUGUGCCUCCUUAUGAUGGUGGCGUGUUUCAUCAGCCACCACUUUUAUUAUGUCUGUUUUCAUUCCUCAUGACAUUGCCUAGUUUUACUGUUCCUGUUCUCUAUAGCAUCAUAGACAUCCUUAUUGCUUAUGCUCUUGCUUCAAUCACACAAAUCAAACAAAAACGCGACCAAUCACAACCCAAACUUCAGGUGGAAACAAAGGAUACAGUCCCUAUCUCGCCUGAUACAGUAGCCGCCUUGUACUUGCUAAAUCCGCUCAGCAUUUUAUCCUGUACUGCAAAGUCAACCUUGAUCUUUACUAAUUUGAGUAUCGUAAUGGCCUUGCUCAGUAGUCUAAAGCAGAAAUCCAAACCUACCAUGUUUUGGAUUGCAUUAGCUUCCUAUCUUAGUCUGUAUCCCGUGAUGCUUGUGCCUGCAUUUCUCAUUUUGCUUCAAUCACCUAGACCUGUCAGUUUCUUUUGUGCUUCUCUUGCUGCUUUACUUGGCUUAUCUUGGAUCUUGACAGGAUCAUGGGAUUUCAUUCAUGCUACUUAUGGUAUCAUUAUCUUUGUGUCUGAUUUGACACCUAAUGUAGGCAUGUUUUGGUACUUUUUCAUAGAAAUCUUUGAUCAGUUUAGAUCGUUUUUUAUGGUUGUAUUUCAGUUCCAUACAUUUAUCUUUACAGCACCUAUCUGUAUCAAGUUACGCCAUCAGCCUAUUUUUGCAGUGACUGUAUUAUGUGGCAUAAUGGCCAUUUUCAAAAGUUAUCCUUCUGCUGGUGAUGCUGCUCUUUAUUUAGCCCUUGUGCCUGUUCAUGACGAACUCUUGAAAUAUUGUCGCUAUGGAUUUCUGAUAUUCAACUUGUUUUUAUAUGCUUCUGUAUUAGCACCUAUCUUUUGGCAUUUAUGGAUUUAUGCAGGUAGUGGUAAUGCCAACUUCUUUUAUGCCAUUACACUCGUCUAUAAUCUUGGACAAGUGAUGUUGUUGAUUGAUUUGGUUUAUGCUGCUCUUCGAAGAGAAUACGAUGUUCAACACCCAGAAACGAUAGGAAAGCAAGUUAUUCAUAAAUAAAUAUAAUAUUUAAUGAUAAAAGAAG